AUGGUGCUCCAGCAUUCGACCAACCACACCUACUCGCACCCCUUCCCGACCGUCACGCUCGCCUACUUCCUCCGCUACUCGUCUCCUAACCUCAACCCCUUUGCCGCCCACGUCCUCAGCACCGACACCAUCUCGAGUCAUGUCGACCCGGACACGCAGCGACUGCACACGACGCGCAUCCACCUGAAGAAGAGCCGCAUGCCGGGCGCCGUGUACAAGCUGCUGCCCGCGAGCGUCACGGGCGGUGGCGCCGGCGACAAGGCCUCGUACAUUCUCGAGACGAGCGUCGUCGACAUCAAGGCGGGCUGGAUGCGCACCGAGAGCCGCAACCUGAACUUUACGGGCGUGCUGUCCGUCGUGGAGAAGCAGGACUUUAGCAUCCCCAGCGAGGGGGCCGGCCGCGCGCCGUCGCUCGAGACGGACGUCAAGACGUCGGUCAUCUUCAAGUCGCGGCUGGGCGAGAAGCUGCGCGGCAAGCUCGGCCAGGCGACGGCGGAAGAUGGCUGGUUCUCGGGCAUCAUCGGCGGCUGGGGAACAAAGGGCAUCCAGCGCAGCAUCGAGAGCAUGGCGUCGACCAAGACGCAGGCGCAGCUGGGCAAGAGCCGCGACGGCAUGAAGAUGGUGCUGGAGCGCAUCCGCAACAAUGGCGUGCUGGGCGUGCUCGAGGCCAUCCGCCGCGAGCGUCAGCGCCAGCUGGCCGUGUAG